AAGUUUUUUUUUCUUUUCCCUAAUAACCCUCACUUCUCUUCACUUCAUAAACUCUCUCUCUCUCUCUCAUAUCUCUACUCUCUCUUUUCAUUAUUUGCUCAAACCUCGUGAUAAGAAUCAUCAUCAUCUUCAUCUCUCUGCUGGGGUAACCUUUUAUUAAUUGCUCCAUCUCUCUUCGAUCAUUAAUACAUUAAUAUUUGUAUCUUUAAUUAUUAGUCUAGUUUGUUAUAUAUCUCAUUAUUCUUAUUAUUAAUUAAUACACAUAUAUAAAUUAAUAAUGGGCUCCAAACCACGAAAAAAGCAAUUAUGGGGGACACAAUUAGUACCAUUGACACCACUGAUGGAAGGUCCUGACCCAGAAAUGCAAGAAGAAGGGAGCAAGAAGGAGAGUUCUUGGGAAGUUAUUCGAGAAUGGUUUCGAGCUCAAAAGGGUUAUAAUAAUAACCAAGCAACAGGAAGCAAUAGCAAUAGUAGUGUUCCAUCAUCGUACGCUUGUAAUAAUAACAUCCCAGCCAAGAGACAAGAUCUAAGGUUGUUGCUUGGCGUUUUAGGUUGUCCUCUUGCUCCAAUACCCCAAGUCAAUGACCCCAAUAUUGAUCACCUCCUACAUCUUAAAGGCAUUCCAUUUGAGACUUCGAUUGCGCACUAUAUUAUACAACAGUAUUUGGCAGCAACGGGGUGUUUGAAACAACAAAAGUGUAACAAGAACAUGUACGUAAGUGGUAGUGUGAAAAUGAUAUGUUGCGAAACGGAGGUUUCGACUGGGAAAAACGUCAAGAGUUUAGGGACUCGGAGUGGUGAAACUGGGUGUUUUGUUCUUUGGCAAAUGGUCCCUGGAAUGUGGUCCUUGGAAUUGGUCGUUGGAGGGAAUAAGGUCGUGGCCGGCAGUGACGGCAAGACUGUUUGGAGGCACACACCUUGGCUUGGUGCUCAUGCAGCCAAAGGCCCCCAGCGCCCUCUUCGCCGCAUCAUACAGGGCCUAGACCCAAAGAGCACAGCAAGCUUAUUCGCUAACGCACAAUGCCUUGGGGAGAAACGAAUCGGAGACAACGACUGCUUCGUCUUGAAAGUCUCGGCAGAUCGUGCGGCGGUGAUGGAACGAAGCGAGGGCCACGCAGAGGUGAUAAGGCACGCAUUGUACGGAUACUUCUGCCAAAAGAGUGGGCUCCUCGUGUACUUAGAGGACUCCCACCUUACUAGGGUUGAGUCUCCUGAUCAGAACGAUGUAUUAGCAGCAGCAGCAGAAGAUGUUUAUUGGGAGACCACCAUUGGGAGCAGCAUUGCUGACUACAGAGACGUCGACGGUGUUCUCAUCGCCCACCAAGGCCGCUCCAUCGCCACCAUCUUCCGCUGUAAAGAACUGUCCAUGCAGUACACAAGGACCAGAAUGGAAGAGCUUUGGAGCAUUGAUGAUGUUGUCUUCAACGUCCCGGGACUCUCUGUCGACUCCUUCCUUCCUCCGGCCGACAUACUCGACGGAGGCUCCACCACCACCUUACAUUGACAAAAUGAUUGACCAUCAUCAUCAUUAUCAUAACUAAGUUGAUCUCCAUCAAGACACUACAUAUGAUGAAGAUGAUGAUAACUCCCAAGUUUUUUUAGAUAUGUACGUAUUUAAUUAGGGGUACGUAUAUGGUGUUUUAGAUUGUGUUUACUAAUUAGCUAGUUACUUACAAAAACAAAAAAAUGAAGAAAAGAAAUAUGUAUUUAAAAUUGGGUGGGAUAAUGUGUUAAUUUGGUGUAUUAUUUCAAUUUGGGUUGGUGGGUUAAUCUUGUCUUAUUUUAUUUUCUUCAAAACUAAGUGUUAAUAUGGUGGGUUUGGUUUUAGUUAGCUAAUUAUUGUGCUGAAAAUAUGGCAAUCAAAUUCAUAUGGAUGGGGAUAUGGAAUAAUAAAUGUUGUUUCGUUAUUAUUAUUA